UGGCUCUCCCUCCUUGAGAACACUAAGAUUUCUCCAGUUACUGCCAAAGAAAUAUCUCCUUUCUUCAAUAUAGAACAAACAAUUAACGUGAAAGAUAAUCGUGUGAGAAGCUACACAGCUCUCCUACCACACCUCAGGUCGUGCGAGGUGAUGAUUGAUAUCCAGGGUGACCCUGGUGUUCUGCCUGACCUGCCUGACCUCCUGGGUGCCCUCACCAACCACCACUGCACAUACCUGAGACUACAGCACCACUACUAUCAUGCUGAGACAACCACCACUUCUGACAACCUCCUACAAGUUUUACAAUCUCG